GCAUUCUGUAGUCAGAAUCAGACAGUACGACGCCAUUUUAUAAGUUGUUUGUAAUUGUAACGCAUCUGAAAAAGUCCUAGAUGCACGUAAUGAGGCUGAAGUUUGGGGAGCGCCGUCGGAAUGACUGGACUUGCUGUUUUUGCUGUCACGUGAGGACAGGCACAAUAUUCCUAGGACUAUGGCACCUUAUGCUGCACGUGCUGGCGUUGUCGGUGAUGGCGGUGGUGCUGCGCCACCCGGAGAUGGUGGGGGACCCGGCGGAGAGCCUGGGGCCCGCCCUGCCCACGCCCCUCAGCGAGGUGGACGACGAGCCCGCCGUGGGCAUCAUCAGCCCCAACCUGGGGCCCAACAUCGAGCUGAGCUUCUCCCAGCAGGACGGGCCCCGCCACCAGAGCAAGCCCGACCUGGCCGUGGAGCACGCCUACGCCAACUUCUUCGCGGAGCGCCGCUUCAACAACGAAGACUUGAAUGUUGGAGUUGUAGUGACGUUCUGCACUUUCGCCAUCACGCUGCUGAUGGUGUUCGGUGCAGUGAAGGGCAAACCAUCGUACUUGAUGCCAUUCUUCUGUCUUCAAGUAUUUGACUUCUGCAUUGCCAGCCUGACGGCUGUGGGCUACCUGUGCUACCUGCCGGAUAUCCACCGCGUGGUGGCCCAGAACAUGCGACUGCCGUUCCGGGAUGAGCUACUGCGCCUCAACCCCCAGUGCCUGUCCCUGCUCGUCCUGCUGUCCUUCAUGAUCGCCAUGAUGGUCAAGGCGUACUUCAUUGGAGUGGUGUGGAGCUGCUACAAGUACCUAAGCCUGCGUCUGGUCGCAGCCCAACGUACCAUCCACUACAUCGACCCCGACAGCCAGUCCCUGCUGCCCGACCUGCCCGACUACGAGACUGCCAUGGGCGACCCUCGCUUCGCAGCGGCCAUGAAGAAGUUCCCGACCCCUCCCCCGUCCUACACCGCCGCCGUGGCCACGGUCCCUCCGGUCCCACUGGCUGUGUCCAUCCCCGCGGAAAUCCCUGUUACCGUGGCGAUGCCUAUGUCCGCACCCCCUUCCCCGGCCGCCACCCCCACCCCCACCCCUACUCCCACCCCCACCCCCACCCCUGUAGCCCUUUCCCCACAAGUCAACCCAUGAGUGGGUGACGGGGGCAGAUGUUAGCUAGCAUUGCUUUCAUCAACUUGUUAUGUUAACCUUUCAGGCAUACUGGUUCUCGGCUAAUAUCUCUCAACUGUCUUGUUAGCGUGGCGUGUGUGAGAAGGAAGUAACAUCCGAGGUGAGCGGGCUGAGGAUUUGUGGGUUCCUCUGUAGCAUUUAUUGGCAAGUGAUCAGGUUCGACUUGCCAUCAAUCCUUGCUUACAUCAUAAUUUUUAUUUGGUUCAAGUGUUUUUGCUGUGCUUCAAAUUUUGCAUCUCAUUUUUUUGUUCCAAAUUUAGCAUUUUUGCUUGUGCCUCCUGAUCAAGAUUUAGUUUAGGAGACCCGCAAGUAUUUGGCUGGAAUUUUUGUGCCUUUGAUAAAAAUAUUUUUCUCUAUUAUCCUUACGUUGGUGUUUUAAUUUAUCUGCCAACCAAUGCUAGUGCAUGGUAUGGAAAUGCUUUAUUAACUAGUUAUGGUAUUGUAGCUUUAUUGGUUAUCAGAUUUUUGUUGCACAUUUUGUUUCUGUGGUCACAUUAACAUGACAGGGUAGUUUUAACUUAACACUGUAAUCUAAUUUAAUCAAAUGUUUUAAAUCAAAUUUUUAUUUAAGUAAGAACAUGUUACAGAGAACAAAACUAUCUAUAUUAUAAUUUUUAAUCGGUAAUAAACUUCGUAGUAAUUAAAGAUUUCAGUGAUUUAUCUUGGUGAAGAAAUGAUUUUUAUGUUUAAUUUGGCUCACUUAUGAUGUGAAAGAGUAGAAAAUACUUUUUUUUUUAAAAAAAAAUAUACAUAAAUAGAGAAGUAAAAUGGUAGUUAUUACGUUGAUAUUAUUUUUACACAUCUCCUUAAUAAAGUGCAUUGUUUCGUGUGCUAAGGGUUUAUUAUUAUUAUUACAGUCAAACCUCGCUCGUACGGCCCCUGGUUCGUACGUACACCUCGGUCGUACGUACAGAUUUCAGGAACCGUGAAAAAUAAGGCAAAAAAUUUUUAAAAAAAAGUUAAAAAAUAUGAAAAGUGUAAGAAAUACGUUAAAGUUUAUUAAAAUACAGUCGUAACCUGCAGCGUUUAUAACAAAUAUGGGCAACAUACACAGUAAAAAAUAAAAAGCAGCAAAUUGAUGGAAUUUACCGUCAAUAGCGCACCGUACGCGGAGAAAGGUCAUUGUAUUCGGUCAGCUGUUGUUAUGGCACGGCGAAGCCGGCUGGCUCUCUUUGUUCCCUGAGCUGCGCAUGCGCAGUAUAACACUCUACGCUCCGCCCAGACUCGUGACGUUCCAUCAGCAGCCAGCCAAUAGACGCGAGCUUAGCGGAAAAAAAUAUAAGCUCUACCUCCCGUGUACCAGUUUUGUCCAGUUCUAAUACCGGUUUAUUGGUAUACGCACCAGUUUUCUCGCUGCCGUGACAUGUUCAAGUUUACGUUCAUCUUGAUGUCUUGAUACCAAUGAAUAAUUAUUUACAAUCCCCAGAAAUAAAUGGUUAGUUAAAAAAUAUGCAUCAACUGUGUAAUACUUCUUAAAUUAUAAAAUACGUAUAAAACAGUUAUAAGACACCGCUCAUUUUAUUUUGUGAAUAUUAUAUCUCAUACGUACCAGUAUUUCAGCUAAGUUAUGAAAUAAAUACAGUAUCAGAACUUACAAGCCACGUAAUAUUUCCGUUACGUUCAUACAUUCGUGAGUUUACGUUUUUGCCUCGUGCAUUUUAGAUCGUCUCGUGCUAUAAUUACUCGGACUUAUUGCUACUCUUAACUGAUUUGGAUUAUGGAUUUUGGUUGGAUUACUUUGGAUUUCUUUUUCUUGACUUGGCAACGAAUUUCAUCUGGAUUUAGAUUUUUUGUUUCAUUACUUGGAUUUAUUUUGCUUCGGUUUUUGGAAGACCUUCGCUACUUUUUGGACACGCAUUUCGUACAUCAUGAGCGGAAGCAAGAGAAAAGCUAUUACGCUUAUGGAAAAAUACGAAAUAAAAUAAACUUUUCUAUAAAAUAUAUAUAUUUUGCGAUUUAAAAUGCUCAUUGCAGCCUAUAAACGUUACGUUUUUCAUGAUGUUUUUAGGCCUACUAGUUAAUCUUAUCUACAUUUAUAAAGAACCCACUGUAUUUUUUUUUAUUUGAGCAAAUAUGUUAUGCGUUAAUUCCAGCAUAAUAAACAUACGUACAUGUAAAAAAUUUACUUGUUUGCCAAAGGCACGCACAUGUACGUGCCGUGUAUAGACACGGUAACGGCAAUUCAUUUCCCGUGGCAGCGGUGGGAAAAAAAUGGGGGGGGGGGGGUAGUAGCCACAAAUGGACGUAAUUUGGCUUCACUGGUUCGUACGUACAACUCGGUCGUACGGACAAAUUUUGGAGAACCGUGAGUGUACGUAAAAUCGAGGUUUGACUGUAUUAUUAGCAUGCAUUUGUAAGGAAGAGAAAAUGUUAUCCUUUUCUAUUACGCAGCCCUCUUUGUGAUUUGAGUUUCAUACAGGAUAAAAUGUUUAUUUCUUAGGGGUUUGUGUGUGCUAAUCAGAAAAUGCAAUGCUAUGUUGGAUAUUUCAUACAGUGGACACUUCACGUUUCAAUGAAAAUGUGCAUCGGAAGAAAAUCAGUGUAAGGAAGUAGUUUUCAUGUGCACAGUAUUAUAGGCAUCACAAAAUGUUCGAAUUUUUUUUGUAAUGACUAGUUUAUAUAUGCAUUAAAACAGUAUUCCGUUUUUGGAGAUAUGCCUUUGUGGGGAUGGUUUUUAUUUGGGGUCAAAAAAGUUCACUUUUUCUAUUAUAUGUAAAGGCUAGAAGGAAAAUAUUUUCCUAUUAACAUCGCAGUAGUGGCAACACUUCAUUACUCUAUAAAAUCAUUCAAAUAUGCACAGGUUUUAAUUAUGCUAUCAGUUUUCAACAUGUAAUAACUCAUCAGGAACAGUAUUUACAAAAGUGUGGACAUACAUUUUGAGAAGUUUGUUGUUGUAACACUGUGAACCAAGUCCAUGCUUCAGGGUUCACAUGAUAGAACAGUUAGAAUUUGAAAGAGUCAAAUAAAAUUAGUGUAUAUUUAAUAAACUGCAUUAGUAUUGAGUUUCUGUAAUUGUUAUAUUUCCUGUGUGUGUGUAAAAUAAAGUUGUAUAAAAUUAUGUGUGUGUUGUAUGAAAUCAUAUUUCUUGUUAAUUUAAAUAGUGAACAGUUUUCAAGUAUAUGUUUAUAAAGAGCUGUGAAAUGUAAUGUAUUAUUCUGUAUUUAAUGUUAUAAUUGCAAACAUUUGGAAAUAAAUUUUUUUUUCUGAAAAA